ACCGAACGAAAGACGCCAUUCAGCUUCAUUCGCAUGUUUGUGUCAUUAUUUCGUGUGUUUUGCUUGAAACUUUGCAAGACUGUAACCAAAAAUGCCCAAGUACUAUUGUGAUUAUUGCGACACAUAUUUAACGCAUGAUUCUCCAAGCGUUAGAAAAACUCAUUGUACGGGCAGAAAACAUAAGGACAACGUGAAAUUUUACUAUCAAAAAUGGAUGGAGGAACAAGCUCAACAUCUCAUUGAUGCCACAACAGCCGCAUUUAAAGCUGGUAAAAUUGCCCAGAAUCCGUUUAAUAAGGGAGCAGCUAUUCCACCGCCAUGGGAUCCCAGCGUUAUGGGUCCAGGAGGGCCAAGACCCCCGGUUCCUGCACCUGGAGGGCCACCGGGAAUGCUGCCACCUCCGUCGAUGGGUCCGGGAGGCCCUAUGGCUCCACCGAUGAUGAUGGGUCCUCAUGGACCUAUGCCACCAAUGAUGGGAAUGAGGCCACCUAUGAUGGGUCCAAUAAUGGGACCAAUGGGCCCUAUGGGACCCAUGGGACAAAUGCGACCACCUCUAAUGAAUGGACCGCCUAUGAACAAAUAGUAUCAGUUUAUAGUUGAAGAGGACUCGGAAUAGUUUUUAAUUGUGCCACAAAGUGUGAUACAUUCUAGUGUUCUUAAUUAACAUUUGAGGUUAUAGAACUGUGUUCAUCGGGUUACUGAACUGCUGGUUUUUGUAAUUACUGUUAAGAUUAUGCAAAGUAACAUUGUUCUCAUAGGCAUCUCAUGCUUUUGAGAGUUUUAAGCUUUUCUUUGUAGAGCCACAAGUGUGAAUUUUAAUUUCUGAGUAUUUGAAUACUCACAAGUUCAACUGACGUGCUGUCACUGUCCUUUAGGAUAAUUUGUUAAUUAAGUACUACUUAUGUAUGAUAAGAUCAGGAAUUCUAUCCCUGAUUAGAAACAUUUGAAAAAGCCUAAAGUAGAAAUAUGUCAGCAUCCUCCAGAUUAACAUUUUGAUACUACUUUUUAUGAGCCUGAUUGUAAUAUCUCGAGUACCAAGACUUUCAUUGUUUGACAAUGAUAUUUAUGUAAUUGUGUACACUAUGUAUGUACAUUUGUAUUUUGUGGCAUAUGACUGUAAUU